CGUAACACCAACGGAAGCGUAUGGUUUCAAAAUGGCUCUGGACGGGAUGGACCAUAUGGAUGUAGAAGAUAUCAAAGGAGGCUCCGGUCUCCGUCAGUACUACCUGUCCAAAAUAGAGGAGUUGCAGCUGACCGUGAAUGAGAAAAGUCAGAAUCUUAGACGUCUCCAAGCACAGAGGAAUGAGCUCAACGCUAAAGUGCGCCUGCUGAGAGAGGAGCUGCAGCUGCUGCAGGAGCAGGGCUCCUAUGUGGGGGAGGUGGUCAGGGCCAUGGACAAGAAGAAGGUGCUGGUCAAGGUUCACCCAGAGGGAAAGUUUGUGGUGGACGUAGACAAGAACAUAGAUAUCAAUGAUGUGACUCCCAACUGCCGUGUGGCCCUGCGGAACGACAGCUACACCCUCCACAAGAUCCUGCCCAAUAAGGUGGACCCGCUGGUGUCCCUGAUGAUGGUGGAGAAGGUUCCGGACUCCACCUAUGAGAUGAUUGGCGGCCUGGACAAGCAGAUCAAGGAGAUCAAGGAGGUCAUCGAGCUGCCAGUGAAGCACCCCGAGCUCUUUGAGGCACUGGGCAUUGCACAGCCAAAGGGUGUGCUGCUGUAUGGCCCCCCUGGUACAGGGAAGACCCUGCUGGCCAGAGCUGUGGCUCACCACACCGACUGCACCUUCAUCAGGGUGUCCGGCUCCGAGCUCGUGCAGAAGUUCAUUGGGGAGGGGGCGCGUAUGGUGCGCGAGCUCUUCGUGAUGGCCAGAGAGCACGCUCCAUCCAUCAUCUUCAUGGACGAGAUCGACUCGAUCGGCUCGUCGCGUCUGGAGGGCGGAUCUGGAGGGGACAGUGAGGUGCAGAGGACCAUGCUGGAGCUCCUCAACCAGCUGGACGGCUUUGAGGCCACCAAGAACAUCAAGGUGAUCAUGGCAACCAACCGUAUAGACAUCCUGGACUCUGCAUUGCUCCGGCCUGGACGUAUCGACAGGAAGAUCGAGUUCCCCCCUCCCAAUGAAGAGGCUCGUUUGGACAUCCUGAAGAUCCACUCGCGGAAGAUGAACCUGACCCGCGGCAUCAACCUGCGCAAGAUCGCCGAGCUCAUGCCUGGCGCCUCAGGGGCAGAGGUCAAGGGUGUGUGCACAGAGGCUGGCAUGUACGCGCUGAGGGAGAGAAGGGUCCAUGUCACUCAGGAGGACUUUGAGAUGGCCGUGGCCAAGGUUAUGCAGAAGGACAGUGAGAAGAACAUGUCUAUCAAGAAGCUCUGGAAGUAAACGCCACAUACAUACUUCUGCGUCGUGCUCCACCAAGCUUGCCGUGUCCCAUCACAUGUAUAUUUUCUUCUUUUUUUUUGUCUUCUUAGGUUUGGUUUAUAAUUGUUACCUAAAUUCUAAAUAAAAUGAAACACUUGUUGAGUA